AAUUUUUUAUUUACUGUAGUGUAAUGUAUCAACGCGCUUGCUUCCUCUUUCAUUCCGUGUUAGGACCGUUUUCCACACAAUCUCUUUUCUCACUUUUCACUUCUAACUAUCAAUCAUUACUCCUUCAUUUCACUACUAACCAACUUUCAUUGAUUCUCUCUAAAUUCAAAUUUCAAAAUGCCUUCGUUUUUCGGUUUAAUUCUUCUCGGAUUCAGUUUCGGUGCGGUUGCUGUUCUUGCUGUUCAAGCUGUUGUACUGUUAUGGAUCAUCAAACGGUUACGCCACAGUAACAAACCCUCUUCUUCUCAAAUUCAACUCGAUUCUUCUUCAAACCAACUUGAUCAUCAACAAUCUCUGCAUUUCGCGUUUCACAAACAGGGAGUGGUUUGGGUUCUAGAAUCACGAAAAAUUUCAAAGGAGCCAAGAAGAAAAGAUGAGCUCUUGGUGGUUUCCCCUAUUAAAAUGUAUGGAAAAAUCAAGGAUCAAUCACUUAUUCUAAGAGAACCUGAUGGUCUGCAGUUGAAUUCAACAAUUGAACUCAAGGGCUGUACAGUUCAAGCUGUGUCAGCAUCAAUCCUUUCUUCGAAAAAAUGGGCAAAAAAGUUCCCGAUCAAAGUUGAAAGCAAGACCUCAGUAAUAUACAAUGGAAGCAAAACUCUAUAUUUGUAUCUUGAAACUUCGUGGGAGAAAGAAGCAUGGUGUAAGGCUCUCUAUAUGGCUUCAUGCGAUGAAAAAGAAAAAACCAAAUGGUUCAACCAGGUGCAUGAAGAUUUUCAGAGUUACUUGACAUCCUUAAAUUCUGUUCAUCAUUGUUUUAUGAAACCAUCAGUAGGAUUAAGUGUUGGGGCAAUUGAGGCAGUAGAAAGGGUUAUCAAGCCUGAUGAUCCAUCCUCAAAAGUUCGUCAGUUUUUGAAAAAGAUUGCUAAAAAAACUUCCCGUGUUGGUUUAGAAAAUAAAUCUACUUGGACUUUAUCGUCAGUCCAGGAAGGAAAAAAGAACACUGAGAACCUUUCUGCUAGUCAAGAUGCAGUUUUGGCCUCUGCCUUUUCGGAAACUGCUUCAAAGUUAUCGCAUUCGGGAAGCCAGAAUCUUCACUCUGUCAGUUCCAAUGGGGAUGUUGAAAAGAAGUUUGGUACUGACGAGGGAACAUUAUGUUGGAAUUUAUUGAUUUCCCGACUCUUUUUUGAUGUCAAAGGCAGUUUGCAGUUGAAGAGAUCAAUGCAAGAAAGGAUUCAGAGAACACUGUCCAGUAUGAGGACUCCAAGUUAUAUUGGUGAGGUCAUUUGUACUGACGUCAACACUGGGAAUGUCCCACCUUGUAUUGUUGGAAUGAGGGUUCUUCCCAUGGAAAUGAGUGAGGUUUGGGCCUUAGAAGUUGAUAUUGAAUAUUCGGGAGGAGCAUUGUUAGAGAUUGAAACGAGGCUUGAAGUUCGUGAACUUGAGCUCCAUGCGGGGACAGAGGACUCAAAUUCGGAGCCUAGCAACGUUGCUGUCCCGUCAGAUCUUCUUGAAGGUUUUGAAUAUUUAGGAAAGCAAUUGAAACUCGAAGAAAGAGAGAAUGAUUGUCAAGAGAAAAAGGAAGAUGGUGAUUGGAAAAAUGAUGCAUCAAAGAGCACUAAGAGCAGCAUGCCUUCCUCAAAUGAUGGGCCACGAUGGAAAUCAAUUAUAAAUUCUGUUGCCAAACAAGUUUCACAGGUUCCUCUCUCUUUUGCAAUAAGAGUAGGUUUCCUAAAAGGGACAUUGCGUUUGCAUAUAAAACCGCCUCCCUCUGAUCAACUGUGGUAUGGUUUCACAUCAAUGCCAGACAUAGAUUUCAACUUGGAGUCUUCUGUUGGAGAACGUAAGAUAACUAGUGGGUACUUCACUUCAUUAGUAGUUAAUAGGCUAAAGAAAGCAAUGUUGGAAAAUUUAGUACUCCCAAAUUGUGAAAACAUAUGCAUCCCAUGGAUGUUAGCAGAAAAGGAUGAUUGGGUUCCUGCAAAUGUUGCGCCAUUCAUAUGGGUUAACCAAGAAUUUGGGAAUGAGACUUCCACUUCAAUUAAUACCAAUAAUCAAUCUUCCGGUGGAGCGAAAGCUAGGUCGAAAGCUAGUAGUACAAGCACGUCAAGUAAUGGUCCAACGAACAAACAACAAAAACCGAAGAGAGUUGAAUUUAGUCAAGAGCCAACUAGUAAAUCAUCAGAUUCUUUAGCACUACCAACUAGUUCCUCUGAUUCACUAGCACUACAGAGCAGCAGCAACUUGGAAGAACUGACAACGCCUUUAUUAGAGAAUGAGAAACCACAAGAAACUAGGGGUUUGAAAGAACCUUCAUUACAGGAUGACAAUCAACUUGAAACUAGUGAAAACAAGAUGGAAAAUAAUUCCGAGUUCCUCUCACAACAUGGAAGUAUGGUGGUGAUGGAGAAACAAAAUCAUACCUUUGAUCCUGAAGAUGAACUUCCAAAGAAAAUGGGGAGAAAGGAAAGGAUGCUUGAUUUGCGGAAGAAGAUGGGGGAGAAAUUGGAAGAGAAAAGGCGGCAUCUUGAAGAAAAGAGCAGGAACAUUGUUGAGAAGAUGCGAGGACCGUGACAAAUGUAAAAAAAGUAAAUGGAGGAAUGGAUAAAUGUUGUUCAUGAUAUGUUGGUCUUGUGAAAAGCACGUCAGAUGUCAUAUAUUGUUUCAUUAGUGAGUUGUAUGUUUCCUAAGUACUUGAAGAUCAACCGGAGUUAGAUACCAAAAUGAUUUUCAAUUAAGAAACAAGUUCUAUGUAGAUUCAUGUAAACUCUCAUUUUCGAGGAAUGUUUCGUUUUUGUACAAUUUAUA